CCUGACCACGACCAGGAGCACAUCCAGCUCUCUUCCAUCUCGGUCACCACCGUCCACCACUCGAUGAUCGACGAGUUUCGCACUCAGUACCGCCACUGCCCCGACUAUCGCGACAUCCACGCGACCCUUCGGAGUUGCAAGACCGUCCCGAACUGCUCUCUCGGGGACAACGGUCUUGUGUACUGGCACGGUUCACAGGGCACCAGAGAGCCCCGUAUUUGCGUUCCCUCCACUGGACAACUAUGUGUCCGAGCAGUAGCAGAGUUCCAUGACCAGGCAGCUGUCGGUCAUAUGGGCUUCCACAAGACUUUGGCUCGUGUGAGCCGCCUGUACGUCUGGCCGAAGCGCAAGGACUUUGUGAAGGACUACGUCGCAGAGUGUCCGACCUGUCAGGAGGUGAACAUUGCGAACCACUUGCCUUAUGGUUUGCUCCAGCCUCUUCCUAUCCCUGAGGGUCGUUGGCAGUCCAUCUCGAUGGACUUUAUCAGUCCUCUUCGUCCUCCGACCCCUCGCGGUCAUAAUGCUAUCCUGGUCGUCGUCGACCGCUUCACGAAGCGUGCACGCUUUGUUCCGUGCCGCUAUGCCAUCAGUGCACGUGAGGUCGUCGACAUCGUGUUCGACCGAGUCGUGCGUGACCACGGCUUACCUCUGAGUAUCAUAUUUGACCGUGACCCGCGCUUUACCAGCCGAUUCUGGCAACGGUUCCACGAGGUAUACGGCACUCAGCUCCGCUUCUCCUCGUCUUACCAUCCUCGGACUGAUGGUCAGACCGAGAUCACGAACAGGACUCUCAGAGAUAUUCUUCGAAAGAUUGUUCGUGACGACCAGCAGUGGGAUCUUCAUCUUGCCCACGCGGAGAUAGCCUACAACCACGCCGUCUCGCCAGCCCCGGGGAUGUCGCCUUACUAUUGCGACAUCGGCUAUCACCCUCGUGUUCCCGCGGACUUCCUUCGACUGUCCCAGAUGCACCCUGACACGAGUUGUCCCGCGCUGGAUGAUUGGGUUGCACACAUGACGUCGAUUAUGAAGACCGCACAUGAGCACAUAGCCGCUUCCCAGACUCGCAUGGCAGCACAUGCGAACCGAUCGAGAAUGGAUCAUCCAUUCAAAGUCGAUGAUGAUGUGCUUAUCGACGCCCUCCACUUACAGCUCGAAGCGGACACGCUUCGCAAGUUUCGGCGUUGCUUCUUUGGCCCAUGCCGCAUCCUCCAGGCCGUCGGUUCUGAUACCGCAUCUAGCCCGGUCAGCUUUCGUGUGAAGCUGCCCGACUACCUACGCCAGGCUCGUGUGCAUGAUGUCUACCACGUCUCGUUACUGCGUCCUUACCGCAGACCGUCUGAGCGUUUCGUUGGACGACCAUACGAGCGCCCUCCACCCAUCAUGGUGGACGGUCACGAGGAGUUCCUCGUUUCAGACAUCAUUGGUCGCCGAGUCACCGACGACAACCCUCCCCACGUCGAGUAUCUCGUACGUUGGAAGGGUUACCCUGAUGAGGAGGCUACCUGGGAGCCCCCGGAAUGCCGUUGAGGAAGAGCCGCAGCGUCGACGAGCUGAAGUAGCAAAACUGAUGUAAAUGGAGUACUGAGAAGUCAAAGACGU